AUGGCGGAAGUUCUCAAGAACGUUUUUGGCGGCACUCAGUCGUCCAGCUCCGCCGCACCAGAGGAUGGUGAUUUCGCCGACUUUGUCAAGGCCCCUGAACCUGCCCCCAUCGUCGAUUCCCCGUCGACACCAUUUGGCCAGAAUGGCGCUCAACCCGUCGUGUACACGAAAUGGUACCGGGUGUGGGAGCGCACAUCCCCAAAGGACUUCAUGCAAGAAGCAAUGGUUCUGCCGAUUGUCAUUUUGAUUGUGCUGUUCCAUUUCUGGGGCACCCGUAAAAACCGACGACGAGCGACUGAAUGGGCCAAGGCCCAUGCCUCCCCUCUCCGAGACCAGUUUGCGGUCGUUGGUUUUGAUGGUGUCCAGAAAUCCGACGACUCCGUGUCUGUGGAAUUGACCAACCCCGAGUCUAUUUUGAAGGAGAACUCUGCCCAGGAGUUUUCUGCCUACGCGACCGGUCGCCAGAACGUCGCAUUUCUUGAUGUUGCUAUUAAAAUGCCUAAGCGCGCCAACCCGGUUACCUACUGGAUGGACCAAGCGUUUGCAUUCUUCUUUGAAAGCUGGCCUGCACCUGAAGAGAUAUACGAGGCUACUGCGUACACUUUCGAUGGCAAAGAGAAGGACCUGGUUCCAGUUCCGGGCAAGGAUACCUCUGGUCUCAAGGUCAACAACUCGACUUAUGAUGGAUUUAUCUUCGCGAUUGUUCACAAGAGUCACAUGCGUAACUUCCGGAAUGACAGAUACGACGCCUCGAUGACUUUUACUAAGGACAAUGCGAAAUUGCCUCAGUGGGUGACUGUUAUGACCGAAAACGCCGAGAUUACCGAAACCCUUCUCACUCCAGAGCUCAUCGAGGCCGUGGAGAAGGCGGGCAACAGCUUUAAGUACCUUAUUGUCACCGAUCAGCCAAUCGACAAGCCUACCAAGAUCGAGGAAACUGUCCCACGCAAGCGCGUCCAGCUCGUCACAUCUCUUGCCUCUUCCGCUUCCGGUUACGCCUCUACCCUGCCGCUAUUCACCCAGUUCCUACGGUUGCCCGACAGACUUGUUAACCUUGGCCACUUCCGACCUGAGGUUAUGCGCAAGAUCAGGAACGUUCGUGAGGAGGAGAUUAAGAAGCUGCGGCGCGUGGAUGAGCAGGAGAAGGCCGAGGAACGCAAGCUGCUGACUGAGAAGCUGAAGAAGGAAGAGAGGGAGCGGAUUCUCCGCGGUAUGAAUGCCGAAGAACAGCGGAAGUUCCUUGACCGCGAGCAGCAGAAGGAGCAAAGACGUUCCAUGAAGAGGUAUUCCAAGCGCGGUUAG